UCAGAAACGCGGAAGUCAGGCAGCGGACAGUGCCGAAGUGUCAGAGUGAAUCUGCAAACUUUGACUGCACAGUCACAGACGUUAGCAGGUAAGUAUGAUUCCAUAUGACUAAUAAUAAAAUCGCCAGUCAUUUUUAGCGGUCAUAUUACUCUUGGCUGCGUUUACAAAAAGCAUCGUAAUCUUAAGUACAUCGCAGACCCACAGAAACCUGCUUUUAUUCAGUCGAUGAUCGAAACCAAUGGAGCUACGAUCAACUUAGGCUUACAAUGCUUUUGGGAAACUCAGCCAUGUAGGCUAUACGUUGCUAAAGCUUAAGCUGCAGGUGUGCGUUAAGAACACUCAGUUUAGCUAACGUUAGGACAUAGCUCCUGACUCACCUCAAUUAUCAACACUUGCGAUUUAACAUUUAUAGCAUUAUAUCUUUACUCGUGAACAUGGAAAAUAAUGGAACAUUUUACUAAACAUCCCCGUGGUUUAAAUUUUACUAAACAUCCCCGUGGUUUAAAUAAACUCAUUUUCAAUGUUUCCAAGGUCUGAUAGGCUGCCAGGAAGAUCUACGUCACUUACAGUAAACUCCAGCAUGUCUGCACAUGUCUCAGCAGUACUGCGUGGAUUUAUUGUUAGCAGCUUAGCAAGCUUUUGAAAUUUGAUAUUAUAUCUUUUCAUCAAACUGGUUGUUGUUGAUUAUAAACAGAAAUAUUUUGAUUAUUUCAUUUUACAUUCCCAGUUGUAUAAUAGAAGUUAAUGCAUAACAAAAUAUUAUCAAAGGUGAAAUGUUUAGCUGUGAUAUUGCUAUGAAGAAUUAUUUAAGAUUUCCAUUUUUAAACUGUAAGUUCAGAUAUAUUUGAUUGGGAAAUGACACUAAACUUACCAAAUGUUAUAAUUAAUUAUGAAGAGAGAGGAAAGAGGAUGGCACCUAAGAGAAGGGCAACAUCAAGCACCAAAGCUGGAGGGAAGAAGGUGAAGGAGGAGCCUGAAGCUCCACCGAAGGACAAGUUCACCUCUGUCAAAGAGGCUCUGAAGGCAACAGUGCCCCAGGUGAAGGGCACGAGGAACCCAGACAGCUUCUGUCAUCUACCAAAUUCUGAGGUUCAUGAAGAUUACGACUGUAUGCUAAACCAAACCAACAUUGGAAACAACAACAACAAAUUCUAUGUAAUCCAAGUCUUAUUGUCUGGAGGAAAGUAUUAUUGUUGGACAAGAUGGGGCAGAGUGGGAGAGUCAGGCCAGAACAAUUUAGCCGGUCCAUCUACCGCUGAUGCAGCUAUUAAGAAUUUUGAAAAGAAAUUCAAAGAUAAGACCAAGAAUAACUGGAUCGAUCGUGAAAACUUUGUCUCGUAUUCUGGAAAAUAUACGUUGAUAGAGGUAGAUGGGGACCAGGAUGCAGAAGUGAAGGUGGACACUGUAGACGGUGGAGAUGUGAAGGUGAAAACGGAACAACAUGUUCUGCCUUGUACAUUGGAUGAGGCAACUCAAAGACUCAUCCGAUUUAUCUUCAACAAUGACAUGUUCAAAGAAGCCAUGACCAGCAUGAACCUGGAUAUUAAGAAGAUGCCCUUGGGGAAACUCAGCAAGCAGCAGAUAGCCAAAGGCUUUGAGGCUUUGGAGCAGAUUGAAGCUGCAAUAAAGAAUGGGGAACGGAACAAGUUAGAAGAACUCACCAACAAAUUCUUCACCAUAAUUCCUCAUAACUUUGGCCGCAACAGACCACCUAUCAUCUCUGAUGAUUCUAUCCUUCAGGGCAAGAAGGAGAUGCUUUUGGUUCUUGCAGACAUUGAGGUUGCCCAGAGUCUUAAAGCUGAAUCCGAGAAAGCCAAAGAAGAGAUGAAGGACACAGUGCCACAUCCAUUUGACCAAAAUUACCAGUCUCUUAAAUGCAAGCUAAGCCUAAUGGAUAAGAAGUCAAAGGAAUUCAAGAUUAUCGAGAAGUACUUGAAUGCCACGGGAAGAACAGGACUCACAUUGGUGGAUGUCUGGGAAGUCGACAGAGAUGCAGAGGCUGAGCGCUUCAGGGAAAAUGAUGCAUUGGAGAACAGGAAGCUGCUUUGGCAUGGAACAAACGUGGCAGUGGUCGCAGCCAUUCUGAAGAGCGGCCUUCGCAUUAUGCCCCAUUCUGGUGGACGUGUGGGCAGGGGAAUCUAUUUUGCCUCUGAAAACAUCAAAUCUGCUGGCUAUGUGUGUCCAUCCAACAACAUUGGCAUCAUGUUUCUAAAUGAAGUUGCUUUGGGAAAAGAGUACACCAUCACGGAGGAUGAUUGCAGCCUAAGGAAGGCUCCUGCUGGCUAUGACAGCGUAGUUGCACGUGGGAACCAAGAACCAGAUCCCUCAAAAGAUGUCUUCAUUGAGUUGGAUGGUAAAAAGGUGGCGGUUCCUCAGGGAAAAGCCAUAAAGCAACAGCAGUACCAAGACAGUUCCUUCUUCAACAGUGAGUACCUCAUCUAUAAGGAAAGCCAGUGUCGCAUCCGAUACCUCCUGGAAUUGAAGUUUGGUUAUUAGAGCUGAUUUGAUAACCUGGGACUGUAAACGGUUACAGUUAUGCAUAUAACCAUGUAUAAAUGUCACUUCUGCUACAUGGUUUCACUCUCACUUAUGAUGCGUUGAAUGUUCAGUUAUACAGGAAUCAGUUAUUUUAUAAUUAUUUUGUUAUUCUUAACAUUAUUUUGUUAAGCUGAAUGUUAAAUUGUGAGUUUGUAAUACAGUUCAGCAAUGUUAAUUUAUACAGUUCCUCUAUUUAAUGAGUCGGAAAGUCUGAUAAAAAAAAUCAUAACUAGAUUACACCUUUUUUAUGGACCGUAAACAUGGUAAAUAUAGCCUUACAGUAUGUUUGCUCAUUUUGCCUUCACUCCUUCUCUCCAAUUGAGGAUUAAAUGUCUUAUUAUCAUUACUCUUCUAAAGUUAUUCAUAUUAGAAACAUAACUGCAGUUUUCUAUACUGUCCACCUUUAAACAGUAAAAAAAAAAAAAAAGUUGAAUCAAUGUUCAAUUUGAUAAAAAUAACAAAGAUGAAAAAAAGGCCAAAAUGAAGAGGGAUUUAUUCCCCCAAAAUUAAAUACCCUUAUUUUAUUGAGAAUAAGAGUAUUUAACAAAAUGCUUCUGAUGCAUAAUUAAAGCCAAAUUAAUGUAUUGUUGUUCCUUAUUUAAGUUCUAUUUAGACUAAUUCAUACAGUUAUAUGCAUGCAAGCUGCUCAACCAUUGCUGACGAGUACGGAUUAUGUAGGAUAUAUAAUGCUAAUAUAGCACUUUAUAGACAUUUUUGUUUACUCCAAUGUUUCCUUUAUCAAACAUUUGUUUAAAGCUCUUUAUAAAAUUAUAUUGUCCAUAUAUCUAUUAUAUUUUUUUCUCUGACAUGUUAUGGUUCGCUUUAUGCUUGGAUUGUAAAUGUUAAUGUGGGUUAAUCUAAAUAUAAUAAAUAAUUAGUUGCACUGUGUUCUCCUCA